CCCCUCCAGAGGCGGUUAGCCCAGCAACACAGAGCCCCACAACCACACUCAGCCCUGGACAGACAGCCUGACAGCAGAGAAACACCCCUCAGCCACGGGCACGAUCUGUCCCUCCUGGGAAGAAGUUCAUGAUGCUGGUUGCCACAUUAGGCACCUGCCUGGGCCUGCUGGCAGCAGCUGCAAUCGCAGUAAUAGGUGCUAACUCUGCCUACCUAGACAUCUCCGGCAUGCUGCCCAUCCACUGGCGCCAAAAGAGAGAUUGGAUUUGGAACCAGAUGCACAUUGAUGAAGAGAAGAACACUUCGCUGCCACAUUAUGUGGGCAAGAUCAAGUCGAGCGUGAACAGCAAGAACGCCAAGUACGUGCUUAAAGGAGAAUCUGUUGGCAAGGUCUUCCGGGUCAAUGCAGACACAGGGGACGUGUAUGCAUUUGAGAGGCUGGACCGGGAGAAGAUCUCUGAGUACCACCUUGUGGCCCUCAUUGUGGACAAGGACAGCAACCGAAACCUGGAGUCUCCUUCCAGCUUCACCAUCAAGGUUCAUGAUGUGAAUGACAACUGGCCUGUGUUCACACACAGGCUGUUCAACGCAUCUGUGCCCGAGAUGUCGGCUGUGGGGACCUCAGUCCUCCGUGUGACAGCAACGGAUGCAGACGAUGCCACUGUUGCAGACCACGCCUCUGUCUUGUACCAAGUCCUGAAGGGGGAAGAGUAUUUUGCCAUCGACAACUCCGGACUCAUUUUCACAACCACCAAAAACUUGGACCGGGAGAUGCAGGCCAGGUACGAGAUCGUGGUGGAAGCGCGAGAUGCCCAGGGCCUCCGGGGGGACUCAGGCACAGCCACGGUGCUGGUCACUCUGCAGGACGUCAAUGACAACUUCCCCAUCUUCACCCAGACCAAGUACACCUUUGCUGUGCCUGAGGACACCCGGGUGGGCAGCCCCGUGGGCUCUCUGUUUGUGGAGGACCCAGACGAGCCCCAGAACCGGAUGACCAAGUACAGCAUCGUGCAGGGCGAGUACAGGGACACUUUCGCCAUUGAGACGGACCCCACCCGCAACGAGGGCAUCAUCAAGCCCAUGAAGCCCCUGGACUAUGAGCGCAUCCGGCAAUACAGCUUCACUAUCGAGGCCACAGACCCCACCAUCAACCUCCGAUACCUGAGUGGGCCCUCCAUCAGAAACAUAGCCCGUGUCAUCAUCAACGUCACAGAUGUAGAUGAGCCCCCCGUCUUCCAGAAGCACUUCUACCACUUCCAGCUAAUGGAAAACCAGAAGAAACCUCUGAUUGGCUCAGUGCUGGCCACGGACCCAGAUGGGACUCGGCACGCCAUCGGAUACUCCAUCCGCGGAACCAGUGACAAGGGCAAAUUCUUCCAGAUAUCCAAACAAGGAAACAUUUACAACGAGAAAGAACUGGACAGAGAAGUCUACCCUUGGUAUAACCUAACUGUGGAGGCCAAAGAACUGGAUAACGGGAUCCCCACGGGUAAAGAAUCCAUUGUGCAAGUCCAUAUUGAAAUUUUGGAUGAGAAUGACAACGCCCCGGAGUUUGCCCAGCCCUACCAUCCCAAAGUGUGCGAGAACGCUGGCCAGGGCAAGCUGGUUCUGCAGAUCUCAGCAACAGACAAGGACAUAACGCCACAAAACGUGAAGUUCAAGUUUGCCCUGAGCUCGGAGGACAGCAACUUCACCCUCACGGAUAACCACGAUAACACGGCCAACAUCACAGUCAAGUACGGGCAGUUCGACCGCGAGCGCGCCAAGGUGCACUUCCUGCCCGUGCUCAUCUCUGACAACGGGAGGCCGAGCCUCACGGGCACCAGCACGCUGACCGUGACCGUGUGCAAGUGCAACGAGCGUGGCGAGUUCACCUUCUGCGAGGAUUUGGCCGCCCAGGUGGGCGUCAGCAUCCAGGUGCUGGUGGCCAUCUUUCUCUGCAUUCUCACCAUCACAGUGAUCACGCUGCUCAUCUUCCUGCGCCGGCGGCUCCCCAAGCACGCCCGCGCGAUGAUCGAGGUGAAGAAGGACGAGGCGGACCACGACGGCGGCGGCCCCCCCUACGACACGCUGCACAUCUACGGCUACGAGGGCUCCGAGUCGAUCGCCGAGUCCCUCAGCUCGCUGGGCACCAAUUCUUCCGACUCCGAUGUGGAUUACGACUUCCUCAGCGACUGGGGGCCCAGGUUCAAGAUGCUGGCGGAGCUGUACGGCUCGGACCUGCGGGAGGACCUGGUGUAUUAGGGAGCUGCCGCCCUCCAGGCCUGGGGCCCAAGCCUGCAGCAGCCCAGGCCAGUCGGACACCUGGCAUCCAGCCCUCCAAAAAUGGCACUGACUCUAGCCCAGCACUCCUGCCUUGGCCCCCAGAGACCCUGGGGUUGCAAACUCCAGGUCCCGGAAACAUCCAGGAACUUACUUCAGUGCCAGUCGCCCCCGUCGUGCCUGGAAAUCCAGGCAGAGCUCUAGCUGGGCUCCACGUCACCUGUGCCCCAGGCCACAAGGGCCACCCAGAGGCUUUCUCUGUCACUAUAAGGCUGUGCUCACCCCCUGGGGAUGCUGAAGAGGUCCUGGUGCUGUCUACCUGGGGACAAGCGGCUGGUGGCAUGACCACUGCAGUGAGACCGGCCUCCCAAGGAAGGCUGCAACUGUCCAGCAGGCCUGCUUCCACUCCCUCACCCCUCCCCAACGCCCCCCACGCCCACCGCCGUUCCCCAAGUCCCGCAAGAGGGAGAAAGGGGCCACAGGUGGCAGCUCCUGGCUUUGGGUCCUGAGGUGACUUCUGCCACACCAGUGACUGUGCUGCACUGGGCGCCGAACCACUCUGCCAGAUUCAGGGAAAGGGCUGGUAGAACUCAGAAGCAACUGUGAAUUUAUCCUGGAGGGACGGGGGAGACCACGUGUGGGGGUCAGAGCGGGAGGAUCACCUCUCCCUCACCCCCUCUGGAGAGGGCCUGGCAUCGUUGAGACCCUGGUGUGUCCACACUCCUUCACACCCCUCCAGUCUGGCCUGUGCCGAGGAUUCAUGUCCUGGAGCAGAAGACCUCACGCCGUCUCCGUCUCACCUGGUCACCCUUCAUGCUCUUUCUUCUUUCUCUCUGUCUACUCCUAACCUCCUGAUUUUGAGGCACCCAAGAUGUGGCCCUCAGUGAAUCUGGCCAACGCCCUAACCCAAAUGUGACUGCGUGACGGAGCCGUGCCAUUUGCCUUCACACCUCGCUCUUGCCACAUCUCAGGGAUCCAUCCCUCAGGCACACUCUGCAGAAGGCAAGGCCCCCACCCUGCCCAAACUCUGUGGUCAUCGGUGCAGCUCCCGCUUCAGCCUCCUGUGGGACCUUCCACUGCAAACCCGCUUGGGGAAGUGGUGUCAGUCAACAGCGAGCGGCAGGGAAGGAGGCGAUGUUCCAGCUCACCCUCCAUCGUGGGACAGAGGUUCUCUCUCUGGGCAAGGCUGCUGGCCCUGCAGGGGAUUGUAGAUACAACUGACAUAUUUUUAGCUAAAUAACUAGUUUUUCAUAAUUUUUUUUUUUACUAAUAAUACUUACAAGUUUCUAGCUCUCACGACAUAUAGAAUAAGGAUUUUUGCAUAAUAACCAGGUUGCUCUUUAGGUUAACCAUUUUAAUUCUGGUUCUUUACUGGAUAAACAAUUCCUGUCACCUGUUUCCUGUCACUAUAGUAAUUGCUCUACAGAUAAUGACUAUAUAUUGGCCACGAUGGUGCAUGACACGUACUGUAUUUUUUUUAUACCUAAAUAAAGAAAACUAUUGGAAUUC